CUCGUAAAAUGGCGCCAAUAUACUAUAAGUACGCGUCGCUGUCUUAAAUUCAGGGACUUCGUCAAAUCUACGAAUAAAUUCCUAGUCAACUAUCUUGCUUCUCUCUCACACAUUAACUCUCUCUCACACAUUAACUCCCAAUUUACACACACAAUUGUCAACUUUCUACCUAACUAAAUAAACCAUGUAGUUAGCCAGAUGAUGAGUUGAUUAUUUGAUAUACAAUAUUUUAUUUAGAUUUUUUUGAUGGCGUUUAAUGCGAAUAGGUUGGAUCCUCAGAGAGCAGCGGAGAGUGCGGUGGUGGCCAUAGGAUCAGGGUAUGAUCUGACGACUGAUUUGCGUUUGAGUGCGUGUAAAGUGGGGCCGUCUGGUAAAGGAUUGAUCGAGGUUGAUCGGACACGGUCCAAGGAAUUGGUCUGUCCUGGAGGGAUUGUUGUUUCUGAUGUUGCGGCUUCGAUUAAGUGUGACAAGGGUGAUCGGACUAGGUUUCAUUCCGAUGUUGUUUCUUUUAGUCAGAUGUCGGAGCAAUUAAAUCAGGAUGUAUCCUUAUCCGGUAAAGUACCAUCUGGUCUAUUCAACGCAAUGUUUGAUUACAAGGGGUGUUGGCAAAAGGACGCAGCAACCACUAAAGCUCUUGCAUUUGAUGGUUGGUUUAUCACUCUAUACUCGAUUGAAUUGGCAAGGUCUCACAUUACACUUUUAGCCGAUGUUAAGAAGGAAGUGCCUUCUUCGUGGGAUCCUGCUGCACUUGCAGAGUUUAUUGAAAAAUACGGUACUCAUAUCAUAGUGGGGGUGAAGAUGGGAGGUAAAGAUGUAAUUCACCUCAAGCAGUUACAAAGCUCAAACCUUGAGCCAACGGAUAUGCAAGUUUUGUUAAAGAAAUUAGCAGAUGAACGAUUUUCCGAAUCUGAAAAUGAGAUUCUGACACAGGCACCAGAAGGAAAAAAGAAGGAAACACAAUCAGUGGUCUGGGAUCUCAAUCCACCAUUUGCACACUCAUUUAGACCACCUGUUGUUUCACACUCUAAAAAUAAUGACAUGUUGAGCAUCCGUAUUAGGAGGGGAGGUUUGGAUAAUGGUCAAAGUCAUAAAGAGUGGCUUUCAACUAUAUCACAGUUUCCAAACGUCAUAUCAAUGUCUUUUGUGCCUCUUGUUUCCCUUCUUAGUGGUGUUCGAGGUAGUGGAUUUUUAAGCCAUGCAAUCAAUCUCUACCUUCGAUAUAAGCCGCCUAUGGAGGAUCUACAACAGUUUCUAGAAUUUCAAGUACCUCGACAGUGGGCUCCAGCAUAUAGUGAUCUUCCACUCGCUCCUAGACAUAGAAAAUUCGGAUUUCCAUCACUGAAGUUCACUUUUAUGGGUCCUAAACUUUACGUCAAUACAACAAAGGUUGACUCUGAAAAUCGGCCUGUGACUGGAAUCCGCUUAUACUUGGAAGGUAAGAAGAGCGAUCACCUCGCUAUCCAUCUACAACACCUAUCAACUCUUCCAGAAACCUUAAAACUUUCAGAUGAUCUGAGUUAUAAUCCAGCUAAUGAUCCAAUACAAAAAGACUACAUAGAGGCUGUCAAAUGGGGUGUAUUCUCACAUAUAUGCACUCAACCAGUUCAAUAUAAUGGUGCACGCAUUGAUGACUCUGCUUCUAUAGUUACCAAGGCCUGGCUCGAGGUCAAGGGCAUGGGUAUGAAAAAGGUCCUCUUCCUGCGGCUUGGAUUUUCAAUGGUGGAAUCUGCAGAGAUUCGAAGAUCUGAGUGGGAUGGACCUACAACUUCCACAAGAAAAUCAGGGGUAAUCUCGAUGUUGAUGACUUCACCAUUUAGUACCGGACUGAAUGAGCCAGAGUUGCCACCAAAGGUAGAUAUUAAUUCAGCAAUUUAUGCCAGAGGACCACCAUUGCCAAAAAAAGCACCAAAAAUGUCGAAUUUUGUUGAUACAAAAGAAAUGGUGAGAGGCCCUGAGGAUCCCCCUGGUUAUUGGGUGGUCACUGGUGCUAAGCUGUGCGUAGACGGAGGCAGGAUCGGAAUGAAAGUCAAGUACUCCCUCCUCACAAUAAUGUCAGAUGAGACCUUGUCUAUAUAAAACAGUUUGUUCAGGACACGAACGUCUUCAAUUGUAUGAUUUUGUAUAUGCUGCUAUGUAAAUCAUCAGGUCAGCUCAAUUUUUUUAUUUCAUUUGUUUACGUACAUCAGUCAGCUUAAAUCUGUUUUGAUGACUGAAAUAUCAAAGGAAGAAGAUCCUGUGAGCAUAAAUUCUUUUGUUCUUUAAAUAUAAUUCCAAAUUCUCGACUA